AUGAGUGACAAUCUUGAAAAGACGGAAGAAACUGGGACCAAGCGCAGUUUCGACGCCCUGUUGGAGGCCGAACAGAAGGAAGACGAAGAAUUCACGUGGAGGGGAGAUCCACUCGAGACCUUCAGCGAUUGGACGAUUGUCGUUCAGAAGGAGGAUGGGGGUGAGGAUGAUGAGGGGGAAACAUACCAUGUGCAUAAGUGCAUUCUAGCCUAUGGUGCCAGGAAAAGUUUGUAUUUCCGCAAGCUAUUUCAAAACGCCAAGCGAUACCAAGAAUCCAGUUCCUCGACGAGCCACAUCAAGAUGCACUCGCUUGCUGCAAAAGCAUUUCCUGAGCUCUUGGACUUUGUGUAUUCCGAAGAGUAUUUGGAAAUUUGUACGGAAAAUGCGGCUGCGCUCGUCUUUUUGGGUGAAUACUUUGAGAUACAGAGCCUCCGCUUGGAGGCAAAGGACUUCAUUCGUGAGUUCUUGUCUUGGGACAAUGCUGGAAGCUUCUACGAACAGUGGACAAUCUUUUGCACUGAUGACAUUUUGGAAGAAUUGGUUGAUUUUCCUUUCAGAAGCUUGACUGAUUUUGAUGUGAACUCGGAGUUUAUACAAUAUACGGACCCAUCCUUUUGGCUAGAAGUUGCGAAAAAGCGGCCGCAGUGCCCACCUCGCGCGAGAUCUGAUGAGUGGAGUUUGAUCUUGGCAACCAACUUUGCUCUCCACGAAGACAAGCUAGAUCUGCAGACUUUUCAAGAUCUCACAAGUGAAUCCAUAAUGCCGACAAUGGACUCGUCAGCGGCUCUAGAUCUUUGCGAAGUGGAGGAAAGGCUUCGCAAGAGUCCAGAUGAUGGUGACAAUGAUCCUCCCUCUCCGUUUCAACUGCGUUGUGCCAGGGCAGUCGCAUCAACCCUCCCAAAAAGAGGAGGUUUUCGAGAAAGUGACUUAUUUACAAAGUUGAAACAUCGCAAGGCACCAUUCAUUUGGGAAAUGAUGGCACAUCAUGUCGACACUCAAGAAGACUUACGAGAUAAAGCGUUGCGAGAGGGCAAUUUUGGAAGGCUGCCGACCGAUGAGGAGUUGCGGAGGUGGGUCAAAGUAUAUGUUCGUUGCCAUAACAUGAACCUUGCUACGACAAAGCAUGCCAUAGACGUCGCCUCUGGUAAGUUUGGAGUCGACAUGCAACCCCAGAGGAGGAAAAUCAAGCUCAUGCUAGCCCAAGAAUGUUAG